UCUAAUUUUUAACGUAGAGCUCGAAUGCGAAAAAUCACUUCAGAAAUAAUAGGAAAUAAUAGUAUAGAUAAAUUUCAAUGACAAAAGAAUAUUUUUUUUUGAAAAUAAAGAUACCAUCUUAUAUUUCCUUCUUGAAUUGGAAUGGAUUUAAAAAAAUUACAAAAGGAAUAUAAUCUUUUCUUAGAUGAGGAGAAUGCUCCAUUUGCAUAGAAAAACAAACCUUUCUACUUUAAAAAUGUGUACAGUUGUUUCCCUUCCUAUUACAUACACCAAUCAGUGACGUCAUCAAAAACAAUCCGGGAAAUGUUCGUUGGAGACAAGUGUGACGCCAUCUCCACAUCACUACUCCUGUCUGUCAGAACACGAAUUAAAAAUAAAUACAGCGAACCGAGUCUAAAAGUUCAUCUCACUUCUUCUUUUUCUUCUUCUUCUUUGACAGAAUUAGUGUUCAUCUUGAUUCUCAUUCUUACAACUUAAAGAUUUGAUUGACAAUUAGGCUCUGGACUCUUUUGUUGGGAUUGGGUAAUCAAUAGAUAGAGGAAGAGGAUUAGCUGCUAAAGGUUUGUUAUUGGAUACUGUUGGAUGUUUUCUGGAUUUGUAGUGAGUGUUUUUUAAAAAAAAAUUUAGUGAAGAUGGAUAGGCCUCGACAGAAUGAUCACUUAGGUGUGAAUAAGAUUGGGAAGAACAUCAGAAAGAGUCCCCUCACCCAACCCAGUGUCGCUGCUCAUGCUAACUUAGCCGCUGAGGCUGCGAGGCCUCAAGCGCAGCCUCAGGUUUAUAACAUAAACAGGAGCGACUUUAGAAGUAUUGUUCAGCAACUUACUGGCUCUCCAUCACGAGAAAGCCUCCCUGGGCCUCCUCAGAACAACUCACCAAAGCCUCAGAAUACCCGGUUGCAGAGAAUUAGACCACCACCCUUAAUGCAAAUCAACCAGCCUGGGGCUCCUCUACAUCAUCAUCAUCCUCACAGCUUAAUGGGACCGCCUCCACCCCAAUGGCAUAUGCCACAAGUCACACAACAACAACAACAACAACCAAUGAUGGGCCAAGGGGACCAGUUUUGGUCUAAUACAACUGAAUCUCCCCUCUCAGGCUAUAUGCGUUAUCUUCAAAGUCCACUUGGAGAUGCUGGUUCUAGUGGUAACCAUAUGCAGCCGCCAGGUCAUGAACAUGGGCCUUAUAUGCCGGCUCAUGAACAACCUCCAUAUAUGCUAGCUCAGCCUCAGCCUCAGUCUCAACAUCAACCAUAUAUGCCAGGUCACGAAAAUCGGCCUUAUAUGCCGGCUCAGGCUCAGUUUCAGCCUCGGCAAUAUAUGCCAGGUCACGAACAUGGGCCUUAUAUGCCAGCUCAGCCUCAAUCUCAACCUCAGCCAUAUAUGCCAUGUCAUGAAAACGGGCCUUAUAUGCCAGCUCAGCCUCAUUCUCAACCUCAGCAAUAUAUGCCAGCUCAGCCUCAGACACAGCCAGACCCAUAUAUGAUGCAUGGAUCGCAACCUCAAAUGAAUAUGCAAGGGCCACUGCAACCUAGCCAGUAUCCACCACCACCAGGGCUAGUUCCUAAUCUUCCUCCUCCUCAGUUCAAUGGUCCUGUACCUGUGACAUCCACUCUACCCUCUCCAAGUUUCAAUCAGAUGUAUAAUGGUUUUCAUUCUCUUCAGAAUAACGGCUUCGGAUCACUACAGUCACCUACAUCUCAGUUUGGUAUGCCAUCUCCUACCUACCCGAAUAUGUUAUCUCCUAGAUCACCUAACCCAUUGCUGUCACCAGGAGUUCAGUAUCCUCAACCACUCACCCCAAACUUCUCGUUCUCACAACUAGCUCAAUCAGGAAGUAGUGGACCUGGGGAUGGUCCAGGUCUGCCUCAGCCACCUCCAUCUCCAGGGCUCGUGUUCCCUUUAUCUCCAGGAUUAUUCCCAGUCCCAAGUCCAAGUUGGGGUGAUUACUAGGUUGUGCUUCUCUAUCCGUAAAUCUCAUCAUGUUUUUUUUUUUUUGUAUCAAGUCUGCCUAGGCUAGUCUGUACUAUGAAAGAAGCUUAAUCUUGAGAGUCUAGAGUAGAAUAGACGCAGCCGCAUAGACGUGUGAAAUGCAAAUAAAAAAAGUGCUUUUUAUACGUUUUUCCUCUGUAGUGGGGGUUCUUAUAGGUAAAAGCUUUACUUGGGAAUCAUAGGAUGAUGACGAUCAUUACUUUUCUUUUGUUUUUCACAGAAUAUGCUGUAUUGUGGGAAUUUGUACACAAACUAGAAACAAAACUCUGUCAAUUUA